AAACAGGGGGGUCGGCUACCGUUCGUAGAGGUCAGCGCCGACCGCAGAAAAGUCGGGCCUUCGGAGGUACUUCCUCUGAAGAAUACUAAAACGGGCGUGCCCGAGAAAGAGCCGUAAAGGCGCUUGAAACAGCAGCUCCCCUGCCUGCCCAGUUCCAUCUUUCCGUUGGUCAACAACCAAAAAAGUUAUCUAUACUUCUUCACUACUCGUACAGGAAGGACUCUCUUUCUGUCUGGAGGGAAUACUUUGUUCGAAAGAAAGAUGCCUCAACUGGAUAAAUUCACUUAUUUCACACAAUUCUUCUGGUCAUGCCUUUUCCUCUUUACUUUCUAUAUUGCCAUAUGCAAUGAUGGAGAUGGACUACUUGGGAUCAGCAGAAUUCUAAAACUGCGGAACCAACUUCUUUCACACCAGGAGAACAACAUCCGGAGCAAGGACCCCAACAGUUUGGAAGAUAUCUUGAGAAAAGGUUUUAGCACCGGUGUAUCCUAUAUGUACUCCAGUUUAUUCGAAGUAUCCCAAUGGUGUAACGCCGUCGACUUAUUGGGAAAAAGGAGGAGGAUCCCUUUGAUCUCUUGUUUCGGAGAAAUAAGUGGCUCACGAGGAAUGGAAAGAAACAUAUUCUAUUUGAUCUCGAAGUCCUCAUAUAGCACUUCUUCCAAUCCUGGAUGGGGGAUCACUUGUAGGAAUGACAUAACGCUAAUCCAUGUUCCACACGGCCAAAGAAGCUUCGGUUUUUAAUCUCAUUAUUACUUGAUAGAACUACAAGGUACAAGGGUCUGAUUCUUCUUCAGAAGAGGAUAUGUAGGUAGUUCGGUGUUUAUAGCCGGAUGCGACCCCCCCACAUCGCGGGCCCCGGGGCACUCCCUCCAUCCAUGGAGAAAACAGCAUCUUUCACUUCAAAGGAGGGAAGGCGUAGAUCCUCGAUCCAAGUCUCGUCUUUUGUUUUGAGUGACGAUGUUCUUUCAGUUUUGGAAGCAAAGAUCAAAUAUUAAGCAGCAGAUACCACUAGAUAAAAUGAAGAUGAAAGAGAUGCUUAAAGAGAAGAAUCCGAUCUUUGAUGCACUGAAUCAUACAUAACACAUACGCAUUUGAAUUUUCAGAAUCAUAGGAAUUAGAAGAAGCUGCCACUAACACAUCUGUAGAAGCAGACAAGGAAGAUGCCGUUGAAAAAGGAAGUUCGAGCUUGAGUGCCCGGAUGGGGUUUCAGUGUAGUAAAGAAAUUCUUUUUUCAAUUUUUGUGGAAUGAAUGAAGGAAGACCAUACCAUUAGAGGAAGGGUGGUUUUGCAUUGAAACGGCGCAACGCCCAUUCCUGACCUGCAAUCUUUUAGGGCAACGCUUGCUGAUAGACACGAGACCAGCACGCGACCAUAAGGAUAUUCUGCUUACAAUAGCAAUACUCAAGAAAAAGACAAUGGGCUGAUAUGGGCUUGACUAAUGAUAUUGGGCUGCUUGAAUGGGCAAUGCUGCGUUGGGUGUAACAAAGCCCCCCCCUCCUGACCUCAGGCGUUGAAAUCGGGGUAGCGGGCCUCUGCGUCAACCCAAGUUGCAUCUUCUGUUGGAAGGCCCACCCACUUGACAAGCAGAAACCUUUCACGGGUCUGUUCUUGCGUUUGAAAAGGCCUCUGUCCAGAAUCUUCUCCGGAGUCCAAAACAUCAGACCGUCCUAAUUUGUUCUUCCGAGAGAGGUUCUGAAAGAAUGAUUCCCCCGCAGGAGUUGACCGGGGAGGGAAGAUAGAUGGGAACUGCUGGGCUGGCUUCCACGUGAUUUAAUGUAAACAUUUAAUCGGCCCUAUGAUGGACCUUUAGAAUAAAAAUAAAUAGGUAAGGGCUUUUUUUUUAAUUAAGCCCAAUCCUCUCGUGGAUCAUACGUCUUACCAUCUUCAGUAACUAAAUCAAUGAAAUUCUUUCGAGUAGUCAUGAAUUAAAGCAAACGAUUCCCUAUACUAGAAUCAGACGGAGUUCUUCUUUUUUUUCUUUUCUGGGUAGGCAUCUUCCUUCUUUAACCCUUUUAGUAUAGCUUGAACUCGUACAAAGCGCUCAAGAUGGUCGAAAAAAGUAGCAGCUUUCACGUAUGGUAAUUUCCGCCGAUCUAAUUUAUUAAACAAGGCAAGGCCCCAAGUACAUGAACUAUUAUAGCUUCCAGUGUAUAUUGACCUAACACAUUUAGAAUACUUAAAGCCUUAUCAGUUAGACCCAUUUUCUUCUGCUUUAGAUAAUCUUUUGCUGUAAUCUUACUUGGAUUAAGUAUCUAACCAUUGCUGGAUAUUUCUCAAAAGCCUUAGUCUCUUUUCCUUAAAACUCCCUUGUAUAACUUUCGAUUUUAAUCUUUAAUUCAUAUAAAUUAAAUCUUUAUCCGUUUUACAAUCAUAAUAACCAUCUUUUAACAUUUUGAAAAAAUUCUUAUUAAGAGCCUGAGUUUUCCAUUUUUUAGAUUUCAUAUGCAUCUCAACUUUUUUUAGGAAUAUAUUCAUGAACUUGUCAUACAUUAAACAUCUU